AUGGAAAGCUUAAAUGGUUCUAAAGAAGAUGUUAGCAAAAUAAUUAACUAUACAAAUCCUACUCUAGAUACGAAUCUGCUUUCAAGAGCUGGACCUGCAGUCUUCAUAUUCGUUGCUUUUGGUAUCAUCCCCAACAUUAUUAUCGUGGCAGCUUCUGUACAAACACUGGUUAUUAUCAGUAUCGAGCGUUAUCGCGCUAUUUAUCGACCUACAAAAAAAGUAACGCCUAAAAAGGCUAAAUUACUUUGCGCCUUAGCAUGGCUUGUCUCACUCUUAAUUUCACUACCAUUCCUCUUCUCAGCUACAUCAGUCCAAAAUCAAUGUGCUCAAUUUCCAUCCCAAUCGCGUUGGGCUAUUAUUGUCAAUGUGAUCUUAAUUAUAUUUCAGUUUGUAAUUCCGAUGAUCGUUAUGAUUACUGCUUAUAUUCUAAUAUUUCGUAAACUUCGGAUAACGACGACUUCGAUUACACGCGAAUCUGCUAAUAGUAGAAAUCUAAAGCGUAAGACUACUUCUAUGUUACUUGCUACGACAGUAACAUUUUUGUUAUGUGCUUUACCUUGGACCUUAAUGUUGCUUUUAGAAGCAUUUACUGGUAAAUUUGCAUCUCAGUUAUUUUAUGAUCUUGGAAAUCCUGGACAGCGAGCGAUUGCAAUACUAGAAAUUCGAGGAUUACUUUUUCCUUGCUACAGUCCAAGCAAAAUCAACGCUAUUGCUAUGCCUAGUGAGUUUCUGUCUGGAGAAAAGAAUAACAAUCGUGAUAAUAAUAUGGUAACAUUAUCUCUACAAAAUAAUUGCAAGAAAGGAAGCUCAAGUUUAACUUUAAUUACUUAA